AUGUUGGAUAUCAAUCUGUUUCGAGAAGAGAAGGGGAACAAUCCGGAGAUCAUCCGGGAAUCUCAGCGCCGGCGAUUUGCCGACGUUGAUGUUGUUGAUGAGAUUAUCAACCUCGACAAACAAUGGCGUGCGCGUCAAUUUGAAGUAGACAAUUUCCGAAAAGAGUUCAACAAGCUCAACAAGGAAGUCGCCAAGCUCAAAAUUGCUAAAGCUGAUGCGACUGAGGUGAUUCAGAAAACAGAGAAAAACAAAAAAGACGCUACCGAGAAGGAGGAGGAAGUUCGUGAAGCUUAUGCUGCUUUGAAAGCCAAAUUGGAGACAGUCGGAAAUCUCAUCCAUGACUCGGUUCUAGUUGAUAAGGAUGAGGCAAACAAUCUUGUGACUAAAACUUAUGCUGAAGCUGAAAGGCGGGUUGCUUCGCCUGGCCAGAAGCUGAAAAACCAUGUGGAUCUCGUUGAAGAAUGCGACCUCGCAGAUAUCAAGAGAGGUGCUGAAAUUGCUGGAGCAAGAGGCUUUUUCCUAAAAGGAGAUGGUGUGCUCCUUAACCAAGCUCUUAUCCAAUUUGCGCUAACCUUCUUGAAAAAGAGAGGCUUCACAGGACUGCAACCCCCUUUUUUCAUGAGGAAGGAUGUCAUGGCCAAGUGCGCACAGUUGGCACAGUUCGACGAAGAGCUUUACAAGGUGACUGGUGAAGGAGAUGACAAAUACCUUAUUGCAACUGCUGAACAGCCCCUUUGUGCGUACCAUAAAGAUGAAUGGAUCCAUCCAACCGAGCUUCCUAUAAGAUAUGCUGGUUACUCGACCUGUUUUAGAAAAGAAGCUGGUUCCCAUGGAAGAGACACACUUGGCAUUUUCCGUGUUCACCAGUUUGAGAAGGUUGAACAGUUUUGCAUCACCAGCCCCAACGACAAUGAUUCUUGGGAAAUGCUUGAGGAGAUGUUGAAGAACUCUGAAGAUUUUUACCAAGCGCUUAAACUUCCCUACCGAAUCGUGUCUAUCGUCUCUGGAGCUUUGAACGAUGCGGCUGCAAAGAAGUAUGACUUGGAAGCUUGGUUUCCUGCGUCUGGGACUUACAGAGAGCUCGUGUCUUGUUCCAACUGUACAGACUACCAAGCUCGUAGGCUUGAGAUCAGAUACGGUCAGAAAAAGAGCAAUGAGCAGACGAAGCAGUAUGUGCAUAUGCUGAAUUCGACACUGACGGCAACAGAGAGGACCAUUUGCUGCAUUCUCGAGAACUACCAGCGUGAAGAUGGUGUGGAGAUCCCUGAGGUUUUGCAGCCGUUUAUGGGCGGAGAGAAGUUUUUGCCCUUCAAGGCUAAACCCGUAGUUGCUGAGACCAAAGGCAAAAAGUCUAAAGCUUGA